AUGAACGCAUCCACUUCCACCAAUGCGCCAGGCCUAGGUCUUGAGACUGAUGCAAUAUCAAUAAAAACACAACCUGUGUUUGCAAGUUCAGUUACCACGUCCAGAACGACAUCUUUCAAUCCCGGAUCAUUAUCCUCUUCAAUAUCAUCCAUAUAUACAGAUGAUAGACAACAGUCCGUUACGAGUAUACCAGAGAGAACUGAGCAAGAAGUCAUAGCGAAAUUCAACGAGCAUAGCACCCAGAUAUCUGGAUCAUCAGUUACUUCAACUAUAGAUGAUCAUACUCAAGAUGUUUCAGAAGUAGUCCCAAACUUUCUACCUGAAAAAAAUAUUAUAACCGACAUUGAUAAUACAGAUCCGCUUCGAUAUGAUACAAGUGUUACUGGAUCUAUCCUACAACCGGCGGCUGAUAAAAAUCAAGUCUUUAACUACGUUGAACAUGGUAAUACUGACUCAUUUCAAAAAGUAUUAGAGACGGAUCACAAAAGCGUUAUUCAAAUGAGAAAUGAUCGGAAUCAGACUCUUCUGCAUGUUGUCGUUAUACAUUUAUUUCAAUAUGUGUAUGUUCGUUUAUUGUUGAUGCGUAACGCAGAUCCAUGUGCACGAGACAGAGAUGGUUAUACUCCCGCACACUAUGCUGUUGAAAAGGAUGAUGUUGAGAUGCUAAAAGCACUCACCGUCAGGUUCCAUGCUACGAUCAAAGCAAUUCCAGAUAGUGAAGUGAAUAGUACUCACGAGCGGUGUCGAAAAGCAUUGACAAUUUGUGAAAAUCGUGGAAUGACAGCAUUCAUGUUGGCUUGUUUCAAACAAGCAAUUAAUUGUGCACGAUAUAUACGUGGAAUACAAAUGGAUGAUGCGGACAGAUGGGACAUCCAUGGCGAUAUAUCGUUACAUUAUGCUGUAGGUCGAAACGAUAUGGAUAUGACGGUAUUUCUGAUUACCGAAUGCAACGCUAAUGUGAAUGGUGGUGAUGAAAAACGUCCUAGCCCAUUGGAUAUAGCUACAUUCAAUAAUCAUUCAGAACUAAAAGAAUUUUUAUUGAAGAACAAUGCUAAAUCACGUUGUGUAAUAAAACGUAUAAUCCACAAACGUAAAGAUGUACAACAAGACAUUGAAGCCAAACUUGAGGGAUUAACGAUUGCUGAAGGGCCUAGUACGCAUAUACCUACUCGUACAAUUAUGUCUUCUUUAUCAUUAGAAACCGAUAGUCCGGAACCGAAAAAGAAGAAGUCAACAUCACAGUUAACUGACCUUGUAAAUCGAGUAGAAGAAUUUAAGAAAAUGAAUGAUUAUGAUAAUGUUUUAGACUGUUACUCACAGAUGAUAAAUAUUUAUAUUGAAAAUGCUGAUGAUGACACUCCACAUCCUGAUCUAGUGAAAACGUAUAAUAACAUAGCAAUGGUUUACCAUCGUCGACAAAACUACAACAUGGCAUUGAGUUAUUAUACAAAAGCUCUGGAAUGUGCAUUAAAAUCUUCGAAUCAUUCCGGACUACCUAGUUAUUACGGAAACAUUGGUUUAAUACACGCUAUACAAAAUAAUGAUGAAGCUGCUCUGGAAAACUUUGAAAAGGCUUUGGCUAUCCAAUGCUCUGAUCCGCAACAAAAUCAACCUGAAAUAGACAGAUUGAAAAAAUUUAUAGACUCUAUUAGAGGGAAAGUACAAUGA